UCUGUUUUUCGCGUUUUCUGUUUUAAUGAUAACAAAGUAGACAUCAAUUUCACUUUUGUUGCAUAUGCAUAUAUUUAUAAUAUAAAAGGCGGGUGAAUAAUUAUUAGCGAUCAAUAGUUGUAGCAGUAUUUUUUCAAAAUGAUGAGUGAAGAGGACGAACGAACGCUCUGGUGUGGAAAUAUUUCGGACAAAGUAACAGAAGAACUGCUGUAUGAAUUAUUCGUUCAGGCCGGCCCGGUAGAGAUGGUUAAAAUACCAAAAGAUAACGACAAGCGACAAAGAUCAUAUGCAUUUAUCACAUACGCGCAUGCAGUUUCUGUAGAGUACGCAAUAAACAUCUUCGACGGUACCAAAUUGUUUUCUAGACCGCUGACUUUGCACAAGAAGAGUAAAAACGGAGCAAACUCAUCUCCAGCGCCUAGGGGAAAUCCAAGAAAUCAAGCAGGAGCCAAUGCGGUCGAACAAGGACAAUUCUGUGAUCCGAACAUGAGUCCGGCCACGAUGAUAGCAUUGAUGACUCAAGGAAAUCCGCAAAUGUUGGCUAUGCUGGGGCAAAUGCAGCAAAAUCCACUGCAUAAUAAAAUGAGUCGUAAUGACUCGAGAUUACACCACCAGCAGAGCCAUCAGAAACCGUAUUCUAGAGGCGACAACCAGGCGUAUUCCAGGGACAGAAACGACUCGCCACAAUUUUCAAGGGAUAGAAAUACAAAUCAACGAGGAAAUUACGGUGGUCAUCAACGUAGAAGUGAUUAUCGCGAAAGAAGAUAGCUUUAAAAGCAGAAAGCUUGAUUCAGAUUUUUUUUUAAAUGUACAAAUUUUAUGUGUGCUUAAACAAGUUGCAGAUGUCAGUUUAAACAAAAUUGUCCAAUCCAAAAAUAUUUCAAUUUGCAAUAAUGUAAAGAUACUGAAGAACUUAAUACCUGGGAACUGGAACAAUUAUCUCCUCAAGUUUGGAAUAUUUUUCAAUCAAUUGUUUUAAGAUUCUGAUAAAACAGAAACCUCAAAGCUGAAAUACGGAUGUUUUAUUCGAUUGAAAAUCAAAAUCUUGACACACAUAGUAUGAGUUUUGUGUGCGCUGGUGUGUAAUUUUCAAUUCAACCAUGGCCGACUUGAUAUUUUUCUUCGACAGCAUUAGUAAGUUUUGUUAACAAAGGUUGAGUAUGAGGAUUUUAAAUAGAUCUCAACUAGGUUAAACAUAAACUAUCUAAACUAAAUAAAAUCGAGAUAAUUGAAA